AUGACCAAGCCACCCAAGCCCAAGCUCAUACUCUUCGACGAGCUCCCAGAAUGGUAUCAAGAUAACCCGCACAUCCACCACGGCUACCGGCCCGUCUCGGGCUCAACAAGGGCCUCCAUCGCGAGCUGGCGCCACGUACACAACGAGACCAUCAACAUCCACACGCACCUCGUGCCGUGCGCAGCCUUCCUCUUGGGCGAGUGGUACGUCCUGCAGCACCUACACGCCCGCUACGCGGCAGUCGCGCUGGCCGACAAACUGGUCUUCGCUGCCUUCUUGCUCGCCGCGGCGGUGUGCCUUGGGCUGUCAGCUGCUUACCACACACUCAUCAACCAUUCCCAGGCCAUGGAGCGCAUGUGGCUCCGCCUUGAUCUCGUUGGCAUCGUCCUGCUCACUGUUGGGGACCUGGUCUCGGGGGUGUACAUGGUCUUUUGGUGUGAGCCGUUGCAGCGGUGGAUCUACUGGGCCAUGAUUCUGUCGCUGGGCUCCUUGACUGUCCUCGUCGUGGUCCACCCUAGGUUCCAAGGACCGCGUUGGCGAGGUUUCCGGAUCGCCUGCUUCGUCGGCACCGGCAUGUCGGGCCUCGCGCCGCUCGCACACGGCCUCUACCUGUUCGGACUGCCGACGAUGAUGCGACAGUCUGGCAUGCCGUAUUAUCUUGCCGAGGGCGGGCUUCUGUGCCUUGGUGUUUCCGUAUAUGCGACCCGAUUUCCCGAGUCCGUCUGGCCGGGGAAGUUCGACAUCUACGGAUCAUCGCAUCAGAUAUUCCAUCUCCUUGUCGUUCUGGCCACCGUGACGCAAUUGGUCGGAUUGCUUGCUGCGUUCGAUUAUAACUAUCAGAACCGGGCUUGUCUGCCAAUCCGAGUGAAUUAG